AUGUCCAUUAGCAGCCGCAAGCUGCUUCACAGCCAGACAGACGAUGAGGAGGCAAGGAGGGUGGCCCCACCUUCACACCGACAUGCAGCACCAUCGGCGCCUUGGCCGUGGGUGGAUCUAGAGGAUGAGGUGGACAAAAAGCAACUAGAGUCGUCCUUGCCGCCCAUCCCAGAACCAUGCGAUCACACAACUUGUGGAGGGUGUUGGCCAGGCUACCCUCAAUCAUUAUUCCCGAACUGGACGGAAGAGCAAGUCAGGAAGAGCAAAAUUAGAAAGGCCAUCUACGAAAAUCAACGUACUUGUGUUAUUCGACUGGUGGACGUGGACAACAACGGGCUGUUCACAGUUCCUUCGGGUUUGGAGGAAAUUACUUCUACGGAGAAAAAUAAGGCGGAGACUUGGGAUAGCAUUUUGAAGGCUCGGUCUCCGGAGGAUGUUCGAGUGAGGGCAAUGUUCGUUGAGAAUAUGUCAGGACCUGUGUUGCAAAUGUUGGGGACUAGAUAUAACAUAGAGCCGUUCUUUUUCUCCUCGUCCCUCAACUGGAUUCCUUCAAGAUUCGAGGAAGAGGUUGUCCCGGGCAUCGGCGACCACAUUACCGUGACACUAACAUUCCUGCGUUCAGUGCCUGCAAACACUGCGAUUAGUUUCAGCGCAAAAUCGCCGUACGCGGCAUCGUCUGCCACCCUUGGGUCUUCUGGCGACUCAUUUUUAGCUGAACAGAUGAUUGAUACCCAGGCGCCGUUGGAGCUUGCGUCAAAUGGUCGCCUCCUAGUUCUAGACCUUCUCUCAGUCCAUACCAUCCGCAAGAAACAUGGCAGCACGAUUAUUUCUUACCACUCGGACAAGGACCUCCCAACGACUACGGCCAAGUACCUGCAUGAACGUAUUCGUUUUGCGGGUCAGAGUGUCUACUGGCAAAACAUCUUUCGGCAAUCGUCGGAUCCAACGCUUGUCCUUUUAGCCUUUGUUUGGCAUGCACUGUAUGCCUGGGAUGAAGCCUUGGAACAUCUCUAUGAGCAUAUAUGCACCCUCGAAAGUCGGGUCAUGACAUCUUCCGGUCCGAUGCCAAUCACCCGAGAACUUCACGUUAUUCGUGCCCACCAGCUCCACUACUCCUCCCUCCUUGAUGACUUCCGCAAAACAGUCCAGUUCAUACGUGAUACCAAAAGUCCAGCCCUCGAUUCACUCCCUCCAGAUCAAUAUGAUCUCAGUUGGCGGUUGAUGACACGAGAGUGCGCAAACCUCCUCACAGAGAUCGAACGCCUUGAAAUGGGACGAAGGAUGCAAGAUCGGCGGUUGAAGAACGUGAUGAACCUUGUCUUCAGUACCGUGAACAUUCUUGACAGCAAGCGAAUGCAAAAGAUGACGGAGGCGGCGGUCAGAGAUAGUGCAGGUACGCCAUUGAUGAAGCAGAUUGCCUAUUUGACCAUGGUGUUCCUUCCAUCCUCUUUCGUGGCGACGGUCUUUGGGAUGAACGUCAAGGAAAUCGUCCCAGAUACCAACGGCACCCUCCCGCACUACGUCGAAACUGCCCUCCCCUUCACGCUCGCCACCGUCUGGAUCAUUAUCGCUUUCCAGAGCCGGUACAUUUUCCCAGAAUAUGUCACCUUUUGGAAACGCCUCGGCUGGCCGGUUCUGCUACUCGCGAGGCUGUUUGGGAAGGACUUGUUUGAUAUGGACAGGAGAUUGAAGAAGGAGCAGACACAGGAUUUGUCGCCUGCUAGUGCGACUUUCCGUGAGGCUCAGCAAGUGCGGUCGAUCCGCAGCUCGUGA